AACCAUAAAGAAGCAAACAAUCUGACGGAUAAAAACUAAAAUCUCAAACAGUGUGGUUUUGACUUUAGACGUAGUAGUUUAGUUUCAUUUUUUCCUUCUCAUAGUGGCCCAAAGGGGGUGCUGCUGUUGUGCUUUCUGCUAUUCGAUUAAAAAUAUAUGAAUGUACAUAUGUAUGUUGUCUGUAGGAACAAUAUAAAUAUAGACUUGCGUGCAACUCCCCAGCAAAAGAAAAAACAAAACAAAACAUCCCCCAAAAAACAACAUUAUAUAGGUCGAAACCGGAAAAUAAGUGGUAGCAGCAAAUUUAACUUUCGACAGUCUGGCCUCACUCACAUAGGCAAAACAACAUAGAAGUAGCGGCCGCGGCAGACGUUUGUCCGCACAUCCCAAGUUAAGGACUUCCCCCUAAGCUAAAAGCAAGAAAAAAUGAUAACAAAACUAUUUCGUGCUGUCAUACUAGGGGCCCCUGCCUCGGGCAAGGGCACCAUAUCUAAACGUAUAGUUGAUAAAUUUGGUUUCGAUCAUAUAUCACCGGGCGACAUACUACGUCUGAAUGUGAAAAAUAAUACCGCCUUGGGCAAACAGGCAAAGGUGUACAUUGAUCAAGGCAAACUGGUACCAGAUGAUUUGAUAAUCAAAUUUGUUACAAGUCGUUUGCAAGAAUCUGCCAAUAAAUCCUGGAUGUUGGAUGGUUUCCCUCGAACUAGAGUGCAAGCCGAACGACUGGCAACCAUUGAAUCAUUGGAUGCAGUCAUCAAUCUUGAGGUACCACAUGAAGUAAUAAUUGAUCGUGUCAAAGGACGUUGGAUACAUUUACCCUCCGGCCGGGUCUAUAACAUAGGCUUCAAUGAACCCAAGAUUGCCGGCAAAGAUGACAUCACCGGCGAAGAUUUGGUACAAAGAGACGAUGACAAACCGGAAAUAGUAGCUGAGCGCUUAAAAAUCUAUGAAGAUAUGAUGAAACCUGUUUUGGAUUAUUAUUAUGAACACAAUUUGGUAACAAAUUUCAAAGGAAAAACCACAGCAGAAAUUUGGCCCAAAGUAGAGAAAUUUCUGCUAGAACGAACAAAAGCCUUGAUGGCGAAUAGAGUUUAAUUUGAUUUUUAUAUUCCUUAAUUUUACUACUACCAAUAGAAUGUAUUAAUUAAUUUUAUUCUAAAAUCAACACUGACACAAGCACAAUAAACUUUUUUAAAAAAAUUCUUGGAAAUUGCAAUAAAUUAAAUAUUUGAAGGAAA